CGAUGCGCCGAGCGCUGGGGCCGCUCCUGCCCGCUACCUGCGCAAGCGCAGAGGGCUCUUCCGGCGCCUUCCCAGGCGGGGAUGCUGCGGCACGUCCGCGCAACACCCAAUACUCGGGGCUCCGCUCGGCUUCUUCGCGCCGGGAUGCCUAAGAAGGCUGGUGCGACGACCAAGGGUAAAAGCCAGAGCAAGGAACCAGAGAGGCCACUUCCUCCCUUAGGUCCUGUGGCAGUUGAUCCUAAAGGUUGCGUCACCAUAGCCAUCCAUGCAAAACCUGGCUCCAAACAAAAUGCUGUAACAGAUUUGACAGCAGAGGCUGUAAAUGUAGCUAUCGCAGCACCUCCAUCAGAGGGAGAGGCUAAUGCUGAGCUCUGUCGGUAUCUUUCCAAGGUCCUAGAACUCAGGAAGAGUGAUGUGGUUUUGGAUAAGGGUGGUAAAUCUCGUGAAAAGGUGGUGAAGCUUUUGGCUUCUACAACUCCAGAAGAGAUCUUGGAGAAAUUAAAAAAGGAAGCCACAAAAACAUAAAAGCAAGAAAUGAGGCCGGGCGCAGUGGCUCAUGCCUGUAAUCCCAGCAUUUUGGGAGGCCGAGGUGGGCAGAUCACCGGAGGUCAGGAGUUCGAGAUGAGCCUGACCAACAUGGUGAAACCCCAUCUCUACGAAAAAUACAAAAUUAGCUGGAUGUGAUGGCGCAUACCUGUAAUCCCAGUUACUCGGGAGGCUGAGGCAGGAGAAUCACUUGAACCCGGGGGGCGGAGAUUGCAGUAAGCUGAGAUCACACCGUUGCACUCCAGCCUGGGCAACAAGAGUGAAACUCCCUCCCCCCCAAAAAAAAGAAAUGAAAAAUACAUCCUUGAGAAACUUUUUUGUUGCUAAUGGUGAAGAGGCUGUUAAGUAGAAAAAUAUACUACAUGCACAGAAGAACAUGGGGGACAUAUAUAUAUAUGUAUAUAUUCGAAUAAGACUCCAAAAAGUAGAAAUUUAAAAAGUGCUAUACAUUGCAUCAGGUUCUAAAAUCCCAAACCCCAAACAGCCUGGAACAUGUUACUCUGAUUUCAUGGCGUUGUAAAAUAACAGAGCUGGAAAGAAUAUUCAAGAUGACCUGAUUUAAACACCUUUCAUUCUGUUGGGGGGGCCUUUGAUUUCCUAUAUCCAGAAGUUGAGAGACUUACUCAAGAUUGUACCAUGCAAGCUGGCAACUAGAACCCAAAUCCUUGGACUACAUGCAGUUUUUCUAGAUUGUAAAUUAAAAAUCAUAUCUCCACAGUGGUUCUGGAAUUCUGGGGAUUGCCUUCUAAUCCAGUUUACAGGUGACAGAAAACCUGUUAAUGCUGCUUUGUAGUCUUACCUUAGAUUUUAAAAUGCUUAUUUAAAUGUAAAAAAAAAUUUUUACAUCUUUUAGAGACUAUAUUUACCAUUUUGUGGAAAAAGUAAAGAAAAAUCAUGACUUGUAAUUAAAUGUGAAUUAUAAA